AGAGUGUUUCCAGGCUGUUACAGGCGCGUGGUCAACCCCUUCUCUUCAAGUGGGCGGGUCUAAGGGUUUACAAUUAACUAAAUAACAGAUAUCUGCUACACUCGCGAGGUGACGAGUUUAGACCCAGCAUAUCUCGCCAUGAACUCGGUCACGCUCUACCCCAUUACGGAAAGGGGGUCCCGGAAGCCCAAAUGUGCUCGUUGUAGAAAUCAUGGAAUGGUAUCCUGGCUGAAAGGACACAAACGACACUGCAGAUACAAGGACUGUACUUGUCCAAAAUGCAAUCUGAUCGCUGAACGACAAAGGGUCAUGGCUGCUCAGGUGGCUCUGAAGAGGCAACAAGCUGCAGAAGAUGCUAUUGCUCUUGGUCUUCGAGCUUGUGUCAGUGAAACCAACUUGCCCAUCAUGACAUCGGGGCCCCUCUGGGGUCCUGGGACGGUGACAGAGCCAGAGGUGUCCGAGAGGAUGAAAGAAGCUGGCAGAGACGAGGAGGUUAUGUCCGAUAUAGAUGUCGAGAGCAAAGAUGACGAUGACAGCUGCAACGACAGUGGCGGGGAGUCCCCAAUAACCUCCUCUAUGGUGGAGAGUUCUGACUCCGUCAGGAAACCCUCGCCCCCGGUGAGAGAACACCCUCCAAAGGUUCCUGAGAAGAAAAGGGAGCCUGAAAACACAACCACACUGCCACCGGUGUCAUCAGCCAACUCAAUACCAACAGCUUACAGACCCGGGCGACUCUCUGCGCUGGAAAUUCUUGAACGCGUUUUCCCAUUCCAACGAAAGACUGUUCUGGAGUUGGUUUUGCAAGGAUGCAGUGGGGAUUUAGUCAAAGCAAUUGAACACUUCCUGUCGGCUCAGGACACUGUCUUAGCUCAACAGCAGGCAGUGUUACAUGCUCAAAGUAGAGGGGAGUGUAGAGGAAACCCUUUUCUCAACGGACUCAAUGGGCUAAGUGGACUCGGUGUUGUCAACAACAGCUCUCCAAUACGACCAGUCAAUGGUUCUAAUAAACUGUCUUAUGCAGGGAUAAAAUCUGCUUUUACUCCUUUGCCUCCAACAUCAGCCCAUCCCCCAGGUCUCCACUCAGCAUUCAGCCCCCAUAUCUCCCCCUUCUCAGCAGAUGCUCUUAGAUCUCCACUGUUUGCCCAUCAUUCCCGUGCAAGUGACAUCAUACCAGCUCCUCACUUCUCAUAUGCGGGCUUGGGAGGGAUGCAUGGAACCAAUCUCCCCGGGAUGAUGGGUUCCCCGUUCUCCUUUCACCCUUACAGGCUUGCCCCUCCUGAUAUCACCCCACCCUCAAUCCGCACCCCCGACAAGAACAGCGACAAGUCAGGUCUGACUGACUCGGACCAAAUCUCGGAUGGCUGGGACGAAUCCUCUUCACCGAGAGACUCCAAAGAUAUAGACUGAAUAUUGUGGACAUUGUGUUUCUUGAUAUUGUAGAGGGUUACUGUUUGUGGAUGAAUGAGACUCCUAUAGGGCGAUAAAGACCUUAAAAAGUCAGGACAUCUUCGGCCUUGACUUCUCAUCCAAGUGCAAUGCAUUUACAAAGGGUUUCUGAUACCCCUAAGGUCCAACAUGAGCCUGUUCUGUCUAACGUGAAGUGUCUCUUCUGUAAUUUAAACGCUAGGACAUGUUGAUGCAGCAUGUAACUGUAAGUAUUGUGUGGCGAUUGUAUGAUUAUAUAUAAAAUAUUAAAACGAAGAGGUUUCAAUAUUGCACAAACAUUGACAGAGGGUAUCGGAUCGGAGAGACGUCACAUUAUCUUCACCGGAUCGUUUGAAAGUGAAAUCUCGUUGAUGUCCUCGAUGGGUUGUGUAAUCACGAUUCACAUCAAAGAGACUCAAGUUGUGCCAUAAGUAAUAUAGGAAAAUACACUUGUAGCAUAUAGAGUUGCAUGUACCAGCCCGCCCGAUCGCAUAUUCUCUGUUGAGGUUUCGCACCACUAUAUCACCUAGAAUAGACAAAAAUCAGAUACAUGUGAGUGGGGGGUUUG